UUGGUUUCUGGCGCUACUCUAGAAGCAAAACUUAUUUUGAAAGGUAGACAGCGCGGCGGUGUGCGCGUUGGUUUUGAAAGCAAUAGCACUGAGUACAGCCGGUGUGUUUCCUCUAGUCACUGAGGAAGUAUUGUGCUUGAUCCUGCCUCCCUUCUCCUCCAUCGAGUUUGCACCUGUCAAGGUCUGCGCUCGAAGGCAUUGCCACGGCUGUUGUUUUCUUUCAUUUCACUGAGAUCUCAAAUGCUGGCAUCUUUUUUUUUGUUGUUGUUGAAGGAGAUCAACAAGUGAUUGCUUUUAAGAUGAAGACAAAAAAGGGAAAAAAAUUUAGAUCUUCCUUUAAAUUGAAACAGAAAGGCAUUGAAGUAGUAGGAAAAUGGAAAAGUGUGAAAAUUGACCCCAAUCUAUUUGCUGAUGAGCAGUUUGGAGACAUAGUAUGCUUGGAGGAACUCACAGAGUAUAAAUUAGUGAGUUCCUCCAAAGUGGGGAAACUAAAAGAGAAGAAGAGAAAGGUUGAUGAUGUUCCUGAGGAAAGGAAUGAGCAGGAAGAGCCUGUCGUCCCUCCCAAAAAGAGAAAGAAACGCAAAGAUUUGAGAACCGGAACAGUUACAAGCGAUGAUCCUAAUGCAAUAGAAGUUGAUGUGCCAGCUAAUAAAGAGGACAAGCACGAAGAAGUAGUGAAAGGGGCAAACUGUGAGGACCGUGGAUGUGUGGCUGAGAGUGUAUCAAGCACAAAAAAGGCUCUGAAGAAAAACAAAAAAGAAGUUAAACGGAAAGCUCCUCAAAUUCAAGAAGCUCUUCCAUCUGUAACUACUUCUAAAAAAGUUAAAAAUUGGACAACAAAAGUUUUAUCUGCCUCAACUGAUCGCAGAGCUGAUGUGUCUGCAUGGAAAGACCUGUUUGUACCUGGACCAGUGUUGCAGGCCUUGAGUUACCUGGGGUUCAGUGCUCCAACUCCUAUUCAAGCAUUAGCCUUGCCUUCUGCAAUCCGGGAUAAUAUGGAUGUUCUUGGUGCUGCAGAAACAGGAAGCGGAAAAACGCUUGCAUUUGCAAUUCCUAUGAUUCACUCUGUGCUGGAAUGGCAAAAAUCAAACAGCUUGAUGAGCAGAAAUGACAGUGAUGCUGAAGAGUCCCGUGACGAUGAAACAAGAUGGGAAAAUGAGGAUGAAACAGAACAACUAACCCAUCAACAGACUGAAGACAGCGGAGAUGAAGAGGACGCAACUCUCACAACAGGAUGUGUGGCGGUGGUGAAAAAUACUGGGCUUGAUUCUAUGGACAAGACGCAUACUCUGGGCUCCCAUAGAAAGAGACCUCUUUUAGGACUAGUCCUUACUCCCACGAGAGAAUUAGCUGUACAAGUAAAACACCACAUUGAUGCAGUUGCAAGGUUUACAGGCAUUAAAACUGCCAUUCUAGUGGGAGGCAUGGCUGCACAGAAGCAAGAACGUAUACUGAAUCGAAAGCCGGAAAUUGUCAUUGCAACCCCAGGCCGUCUGUGGGAGCUAAUUAAAGAGAGACACCCCCAUCUCUCAAAUCUCCGGCAGCUCAGGUGCCUGGUGAUUGAUGAAGCAGACAGAAUGGUUGAAAGAGGUCAUUUCUUAGAGCUCUCUCAAUUGCUGGAAAUGUUAAAUGAUUCACAGUAUAACCCUCAACGUCAGACUUUUGUUUUUUCUGCCACGCUGACUUUGGUCCAUCAGGCUCCCACGAGAAUUUUACAGAAGAAGAACGCGAAGAAGAUCGACAAGAAGACCAAACUAGAAAUGUUAAUGGAAAAAGUAGGAAUAAAGGGCAAACCCAAAGUGAUAGACUUAACAAGGAGAGAGGCCACUGUUGAGACUCUAACAGAAACCAGAAUCCACUGUGAUACUAACGAGAAAGACUAUUAUCUCUAUUACUUCCUCCUCCAGUAUCCAGGAAGAACCAUGGUCUUUGCAAACAGUAUAGACUGUAUAAAACGCCUCAGUUCUCUCCUCGCCAUCUUAAAUUGUGAUCCUCUUCCUUUGCAUGCUAACAUGCACCAGAAGCAAAGGCUAAAAAACCUGGAAAGGUUUGCUGAGCGAGACAGCUGUGUCCUCCUGACAACAGAUGUUGCGGCUCGUGGUCUUGAUAUUCCCAACGUGCAGCACGUCAUCCAUUACCAGGUUCCUCGUACGUCUGAGUUGUAUGUACACAGAAGCGGCAGAACAGCCCGAGCUGCCCACGAAGGCCUUAGCUUAUUAUUGGUCGGUCCUGAUGACUUGAUCAAUUUUAGGAAAAUCUAUAAAACUCUGGGGAAGAGUGAAGAGCUGCCGUUUUUCCCAGUUGAAACCAAGUACAUGACUUCUGUAAAGGAACGGAUGAAUUUGGCACGGCAGAUUGAGAAGGCCGAAUUUUUCAACAGUCGGGCAAAGCAGCAUAACUCUUGGCUCCAGCAAGCUGCUGAUGCUCUUGAAAUUGAUCUUGAUGAUGACGUCUUUAUGGGAGGAAAAGCUACAGAGCAAGAAGAAAGCCAGAAACAAAAAAUGCUGAAGGGAAUGAAAAAACAACUAAAGCAUAUGCUGUCUCAGCCACUCUUUAAAGUCCUUAUGAAAACCAAGUAUCCAACCCAGUCUGGAAAACUACUCCUGCCUCAGCCAUCAGUGAGCAAUUUGGAAUCUGCUCUAGGUACCAUAUCAAAACAACAAGCCAAGAAGAAGAAAUCAAUAAAAUUAAAUUAGAUAACUGAUCAAGAUCAUCCAGUGCAAUGGAAGCUGGGAAAAUCUGUAUCAAGGCUGUCAGUGCUUAUGUUAGAAGCUAGGCCAGAAAAAGUAGUAUCGGGGCAUGGUGCCUGUGUCUUGGUUGUGCAGGCAUACAGCUGAAUGUAAAUGGCAUUGUUUAACAUGCGGUUUGUAGCUAUUGAUUCUUGUCUUGGAUCUGGGGGGUGGGUUAUGUUCUCACAGGAAUCUUUUUCUUAUUCUCUGUAUUAAGAGAGGAUGAUUAGUUUUGGAAUAGUUCUGUUUAUUGGCUCUUUUUUAUAAGAUGGGUAAAAGUUAAUGGGCAAAAUUCAUCUUGGGCGUACUCUAGUAUUCUCUUGGGCAUAUACUAAUAGUGUAGCUUGAUUUGUAUUUCAGUGUUUUUAAAAGAGAGGGGGAGGUAGGCUGUAUGUAGGGUACAGUACAAUCUGAGCUGAUGUUAGUGGGAGGUUUGGCCUUUACAGCAGUCAGUUCAGUGAGAAAGGCAAAUACAGACAGAAUUACCUUAACUAGAAUUGUAGGCUUGCUGGUAAUCUAUCCCAAUCAUCCUUCCCUGGAAAAGCUUUCUCAUUAUGAUAUUAUUUUUCUGUUCUGUUCUCCACUGGGUUUAAUUCCAUUAGUCCUUUGUUAAUAAGUUUUUGAAAGUGCAAAAAAAUUCAGGGUGGCAACAGACCAGAACUCACCUUGGGAGAUUUCCAAUCUAGACAGACUUCUGGGGAACGGAUGCUGCUAUGCAGUUCUCUUGUUAAUUAACAUUUGGAGUUAAGUCUGUAUUUGAAAACAUGUUAGAACCACAACCCUUGUUUUAAUGGAAAGAUGGUGUUAUUGUGAAAUGUCACUUUUUUGAAGUGUGCUUCCUGGUGAUUAUGCUUUUUAACCAUUUUAACCUGACCAGUGCAAAUAAUUGUCAAAAUGCUUUAAAAUUAAUCAGAAAAAUAUGUUUUGAAUUUUGGUUAAAUUAAAUCUACUAUAAAA